CAGCGCGGGGCAGCUCGGCAGGAGGGGGCAGAGACUCAGACACCGGAGCUGCGGGCACACGAGCGACUCGGAGCGGGCUGAGCACCAUGAGCAGCAAAUGCGAUGUGGUCGUGGUGGGGGGCGGCAUCUCAGGUAUGUCAGCAGCCAAACUUCUCCAUGACUCUGGCCUGAAUGUGAUUGUUCUGGAAGCCCGUGACCGUGUAGGAGGCAGGACUUAUACCAUUAGGAACCAAAAAGUUAAAUAUGUGGACCUUGGAGGAUCUUACGUUGGACCAACUCAGAAUCGCAUUUUAAGAUUAGCCAAAGAGCUAGGAGUGGAGACCUAUAAAGUUAAUGAAGAGCAAAGACUGAUACACCAUGUGAAGGGAAAAUCCUACCCUUUUAGGGGACCAUUCCCACCUAUGUGGAAUCCAAUUACUAUUCUGGAUUACAACAACCUCUGGAGGACAAUGGAUGACAUGGGAAGAGAGAUUCCAAAUGAAGCCCCAUGGAAGGCACCCCAUGCAGAAAAGUGGGACCGCAUGACUAUGAAGCAGUUACUGGACAACAUCUGCUGGACUAAAGCUGCAAAGAGAUUUGCUACUCUCUUUGUGAACCUGUGUGUCACUGCAGAGACCCAUGAGAUCUCUGCUCUCUGGUUCCUGUGGUAUGUGAAGCUGUGUGGGGGUACAACCAGGAUCAUCUCCACAACCAAUGGAGGACAGGAGAGGAAAUUUAUAGGUGGAUCUGGUCAAGUGAGUGAACGGAUAAUGGAGAUCCUUGGAGAUCGCGUGAAACUGGAGAGGCCUGUGAUCCGCAUUGACCAAACCGGAGAAAGUGUCCUUGUGGAAACUCUAAACCAUGAGAUUUAUGAGGCUAAAUAUGUUAUUAGUGCUAUUCCUCCUACUCUGGGCAUGAAGAUUCAUUUCAACCCACCUCUGCCGAUGAUGAGAAACCAGCUGAUUUCCCGUGUUCCUCUGGGUACAGUCAUCAAAUGCAUGGUUUAUUACAAAGAGCCCUUCUGGAGGAAAAAGGAUUUCUGUGGAACCAUGAUUGUUGAAGACGAGGAUGCUCCAAUUCCUUACACUUUGGAUGAUACCAAACCUGAUGGUACCUAUCCUGCCAUAAUGGGAUUUAUUCUUGUCAACAAAGCCAGAAAACUGGCACGUCUUACAAAAGAAGAAAGACUGAAGAAACUUUGUGAGCAAUAUGCAAAAGUUCUGCGAUCCCCAGAAGCCUUGCAGCCAGUGCACUACGAAGAGAAGAACUGGUGUGAAGAGCAGUACUCAGGAGGCUGCUACACAACCUACUUCCCACCAGGAAUCAUGACUCAGUAUGGAAGAGUCCUGCGCCAGCCAGUGGGAAGGAUUUAUUUUGCAGGCACCGAGACUGCCACACAGUGGAGUGGAUACAUGGAGGGAGCCGUGCAGGCCGGGGAGAGAGCAGCCCGAGAGAUUCUGCAUGCCAUUGGGAAGAUCCCAGAAGAUGAAAUAUGGCAGUCAGAACCAGAGUUUGUGGAUGUUCCUGCGAGACCAAUUACCAUGACCUUCCUGGAGAGACAUUUGCCCUCUGUGCCAGGCCUGCUGAGGCUGAUUGGAUUCACCACCGUCAUUUCAGCAACUGCUCUGGGAUACCUGGCCCACAAAAGGGGGCUAUUUGUGAGGGUCUAAAGAAAGAACAUCUGUAAAAUUCUAUGAAAAGAUAAAGAACAUAGAGUGAUGUUGGGGUACUAAGAUAAGUCAGACAAUGAUAACAAAAAAAAUCUUUAUUUCGACCCCUGUUUGUAGUUCCUUACUGGGCUUAGUGCAGUUUCCCCCACUUGCAAAUUUACUAUCCCCAAAAUCUUUAAAGUAGUUAAAUAAGCUUAUUAAAGAUCCUUGCUGUCCCACAAUUUGCCCACGCACAACAAACUUCUUCCCGUCUCUAUGACUUUGUGUCCUGCUUCUUACCUGAAAUAUCCUUAUCUUCCAAGUUCUCCGAAUUUCGAUUUAGAGUUCAAUAUUGUAAUUGAUUGGAUACUUAGCAGACUUUCUUUGUCCCAUACUUUCUAUUUUAGGGUUGAACAUACUGCAGCUGAGAAACAGAUCUAAAUUCUCAAUAUCUACAAUAAGCCACUGAAAGCUAGGAGAGCAGAACACAGACCCAUUGACUUUUUCCCCAACACCCAGAAAGUCUAUGUUCCAAUCGCCCUCCUUCACAUCCUUCUAUGGUCACUGUUGGUGUUCCUUUAUAUGACUUCGCUCUGAACUAACUUGCUAUGUAUUACUCUGAUGUUAUCCAAUGAGUAUUCUUAAGGCUUGCUCAGUAUGUUUCCUUAAGUCUUUGUAUCUUUAAGACACUAAAUAUUUGGGGAGGGGUAGUUAUAUUUUUUCCCUUUUGUAUCCUACAAUAUGCCUAAAUUUAAAAGUUAGUAUGCAUUUUAGAACAUUUAAAUAAAGUUGAUUGGGCUGA